AUAAUAAGUAAACUAACAGUUAUCCUUGUGUCGAAUAUUUAUCAUUAUUGAAUAAAAUGGGGAACAAAAUAGCUACAUUUACCGAAGAACAACUAGAAGAUUAUCAAGAUUGCACGUUUUUUACUCGAAAGGAAAUUUUAAGAAUAUUUAAACGAUUUCGGGACAUGGGAGAUCCUGGGACAGUUCCACGAUCCAUGACGCCUCAACAGGCAUCGACUCUUCGUAUACCACUAUCUUGUUUAACACGCAUACCAGAAUUAAAGGAAAAUCCGUUCAGACAACGAAUUUCAGAGGUGUUCGCAAAAUGCCAGAGUUCGGGAUUGUCAACGCCCGUUGCUUCAGACGAAGGAAUUUGCUUCGAAGAAUUUCUCGAAAUGAUGUCCGUUUUCUCAGAACAAGCACCCAGAGAUUUGAAAGUGUUUUACGCUUUUAAAAUUUACGGUAAAAUUACGAACCACCAUGUGAAUCAAACAAUCGAACGGUUCGUGAGAAAUAUUCGAGGUCAUGCCGGAUGUAUCUAUAACUACGCUAUUGAAUCAGAAGUAUAUAUGUCGUUUAGACACGACAUUCGCGUUGCACGAGAGAAUCAUUUGCACAAGAAUUUUGACGAAGAUGGAGUACUGGGAUUGAAUGAUUUAGAACGCACCUGUCGACAGCUGGUUCAAGAUGAUCUGAAUGCCGACGAAGUGGCCACUGUGUGUCGAAAAGUUUUGGAGGAAAGCGACAUCGACGGCGACGGUGUUUUAUCGUAUCUAGAGUUCGAGCAUGUUGUAACGAGGGCCUCAGAUUUCAUGGCAACUUUUCACAUAAGAAUUUAAAUCUCAUCGUUACUGAAAGUCAAUAAAACUUUUACUGCCAGUUAACA